AUGGGUAAGAGAAAGCAUAAAGAUCGUGACUACGAUUAUUUGCUUCACAAGAUAAAGAAGCUAGAGAAGAAUAUUAAACGACACCGACAUGAUUAUGACACGGAAGACGCGUUGCCAGUAGAUGAUGAUUACUCGGUAACAGAAGAGGAUAUAAAUCAUUUUGAAACCGUAAGAUCGGCAGUACACAUACCUGGACAAUCGUCAAAACUCGCCACGCCGACACCACCACGGGCACCUCCUACACAAACAUCUGUGCAGCAAACAGUACCCCUCACCUCUCCCGUAGAAGAUACUCCUUUAUUGGAUACGCAGAUAGCUCCGCCAUCGCAACCUGUAGAAUUAUCUGAGGAGACAGGAGACGUGAUUCUAGACAACACUCUUCUAGAAAUCCUGGGUGAGGAUCCGUCAUUAAUCCAACAAUAUGGAAAAGAAAUUCAAAACGAUCUAGCAAAGCGACUACAGCACAUUGCAACUAAUGGCUUAGCCAAGGAAGUUAGUAAAGAGCUAUACGACAGGUACUUACCUCCUAGCAACUGUCCCUUGAUUGACGCCCCAGAACUCAAUCCAGAAAUAAAAGCUGCGGUCUCAGAUACAGUAAUAAAGCGAGACAAAGCUAUUGAGUCGAAACAAAAACAACUAGGUCGAGCAAUAUCGUGUAUUGCCGAGGCUCUCACUAACUUAAUGUCCAAAGAAGACAAAGACGCACCAGUAAUAAAACUAUUAAUGGAUGCCUGCCGCUUAAUCUCUGAUAAUCAAAACCAAGACUCGGUCACACGAAGAAACUUUAUCUUAUAUAAUCUGAAAAAAGACAUGAAAGAACAAAUACAAAAAACUAACAUAGAUAAAAUGCUAUUCGGUUCCGAACUUGCCGAAACCUUGAAAACUGCCAAGUCCAUUUCGAAGUCGGGAGCCGAUCUGAAAUUACCAACGUCCUCUAAUAAAGUUUCUGGGCCUAAAAACAAGCCUUACACACCGCAGCAAUACACAGGAGCCCAACCUAAAAGAAAUAAUUUAAACUGGAAGGCUCCUCCUCUGAAUCGCAGGCAUCAGGGGAGCCAGAAGAGCAGGGAGCCUGCUUCUUCCAGGAAUCAGCAUGCGAGCAGCUCGCGAACAUCGUAUCGAGCGUCACGCCACAGGUACUCGAGCCGCCGCUAGAUGGAACAUCGGUGAGUCACACUGGCAGACUAUCCCGUUUCUACUAUCAAUGGUCAUUACUGACCUCGGAUCCGGUUAUUUUAUCUUGGAUAGCGGGGUAUGAGAUAAUUACACAUCGUCCCGUGGUGCAGGUUCAUGCUCCUAAAGGCAAAACUUUCUCAACUAAAGAAAAGCUUCAGAUUUCAGAUUCAAUUGCAGACUUGUUAAAAUCUGGCGCUAUUUCUGAAUGUGAACCUUGCAAUGGACAAUAUUUGUCAACAAUUUUUUUAAUUCCAAAGCCAAACGGUAAACACAGAUUUAUCCUUAAUCUCAAAAACUUUAAUAAAUUCAUUGAUACAGAACAUUUCAAACUCGAAGACUUAAGAACUGCUCUAAAACUGGUUUCUGAGAAAUGUUUCAUGAGUACUCUAGACCUAAAGGAUGCUUAUUUUUUAAUACGUAUACAUGAUAACUCACGAAAAUAUCUUCGAUUCGAAUUCAAUUUAAAGCUGUAUGAAUUUAAUGUAUUACCAUUUGGCCUUAGUACUGCUCCCUUUGUGUUUACCAAGAUAAUGAAACCAGUCACCAAAUUGCUCAGAGCAUGUGGUUACCUGUCCUCUGUAUAUUUAGAUGACUUUCUCUUAUUAGGAAGCACAUUUGAGUCUUGUUUGGACAAUAUUAUAGCUACAAAGCAAUUGUUAACAUCUAUAGGCUUCGUUAUAAAUGAAGAGAAGAGCAACCUAGUACCUAGUAAUAGGUGUAAAUUUUUAGGUUAUAUCAUAGACACCAAAAAUUUCCAAGUUACUUUGCCUGAUGAUAAAAUAAAUAAAAUAAAGAAAGAAUUGAAUCAUUUUAAGACUG